AUGGACUCUGGAGACUCUUCUAGUGGCAUCAAAGCGCUUGAUGGUGGGUCUAUUCACAAGAUAACAUCCGGCCAAGUCGUUGUCGACCUCCAGACCGCCGUCAAGGAACUCGUCGAGAACAGUCUUGAUGCAGGGGCCACCAACAUUGAGGUACGCUUCAAAGACUACGGUCUCGAGUUCUUCGAAGUCAUAGACAACGGCAGCGGCAUAUCUCCCGCAGACUACGACUCAAUCGCACUCAAGCACCAUACCUCCAAGCUUUCAUCCUUCACCGAUCUUGAGGCAGUCACUACCUUCGGCUUCCGCGGCGAAGCUCUCUCGUCCCUCUGUGCCCUUGCGGAGUCCGUCUCCGUGACCACGGCCACUUCAGCUGAAGCACCCGUCGGCACUGUCAUCGAGUUCGAGCGCACAGGAAAGGUCAAGAGCCGGAAAGGCAAAGCCGCUCGCCAGAGAGGCACGACGGUGACCGUGUCGGGCCUGUUCAAACCGCUCCCGGUUCGUCGAAAGGAGCUCGAGCGCAACGCAAAACGCGAGUUCGGCAAGUCCCUCACGCUCCUGCACGCGUACGCGCUCGUUCCCUGUGCAAAGGAGAAUAAAGGCGUGCGCCUGAGCGUGACGAACCAUCCCAAGGGAGGCAAGAAGAGCAGCCAGCUGCGCACGGACGGCACACCGUCAACGCGAGCGUCCGUGUCGGCCAUUUGGAGCCCGAAGGCGCUGGACAACCUCGUAGAUCUUGAGUUAGACUUCAACGUGGAGGUUGAAGCGGCCGUGCUCCGCCGUCUCGGGAAGACCCAAGAUGACGGAAGCGCGAACGAGGUGAAGGUGCGGGGCUUGAUAUCAAAGUUUGCGGUCGGUAGCGGUAGGACCGGGACCGACCGCCAGUUCUUCUUCGUCAACGGUCGGCCGUGUUCUCCCUCGAAGGUUCAGAAAGCGUUCAACGAGGUUUACCGGUCGUUCAAUGCGACGCAGUCGCCCUUCAUCAUCGCGGAUUUCGUUCUACCUACGAACUCAUGCGACAUCAACGUCAGUCCCGACAAGCGCACUAUCCUACUCCAUAGCGAGAAUCACCUCGUGCAGGCGCUGAGGGCAGCACUUGAGGAGAAAUACGCACCCGCACGGUCGACCUUCGACGUCAACGCAACGCAGGCGCCUCGCAAGGCGGAUAGUAUCACGAAGCCCGUCGAACCCCACAGGGAGGAGGCGGAGGUGGAGAACGAGCCGUUAUUUCUCCCCGAUGAUGCUGGCGACGAACCUCCAGCUCACUCUUCUCAGUCAUCGAAUUCCGUAGGGUCCGCUGCGCCUGUCAUGCCCGCGCGACGUUCGGUCUCGCCUGCUCAGGAGGACGAGUUCUCGUUCGGCGUGCCUACCCUUCUCUCCGGGCCAUCUGCGUCCUCGAGCGCUGAGGACGCUUCCGCGAACGACGAGUCCGGUGACAGCCAGAGGGGCACUGUGGAUCGUGCAGCUCAGGACGCAGAAGACGAAGACGAAGCCCCUGGCAGCGACCACGCUCGUGCGAACGGACUUUCCAAGCGCGCAAGAUCUGCAGGCGACAACCAGACCCGCACGAAGGACGUUCCCCAGUCGCCCACCAUCACCCAAAUGGUCGCGAAGCGGAGUGCGCGUGCGUCUUUGUCCAGCGCCGGUGAUGCGGAUGAGGACGGCGCCGUUGAGGAUAUCCUGACCGCCGACGUGAGUAACGAGCCGCACUCCUCGCCUCUCCCGCGGAGAGUUGCGUCGGCACGGCAGGUUUCCGUAGUCGACGACCCACCUAUCCCCGCUGUCUGCCCCCCAGCACGGCCUACGACGCGUAUGUCGUCGCUGCCGCAGCCGUCGUCGAGCCAGAUGGUCCUGAGCACGUCUGGGGCGUCGUGGAACCUCCGUCGGCCGGCGGACGAGCCGGGCAGCGCCGAGCGCCCGCGCAAGAAGGGCAGGCGCGAGUCCCCUGAGUCGAGCAAGGACACGCGGCAGGGGAUGCGUCAGCUAUUGCGUGGGUUUGCGCGGACGGGGAGUCAGGUGGAUGAGACGGCUAUGGACGUCGAUGAGGAUGAGAAGGACGAGGAAGAGGGAGGUGUUGAACACGACGAAGCGGAAGUCAAUAUGGAAGACGUGGGGGUGACAGAGGACGUACGGUCUGUUGCCUCGGAUGGCGACUCAGGAGACCCACCGGAGGACGACCCGCAAGAAACGGAACCCAGCGAAAGCCACGACGUCUUUAUGGAGGACCAUACCGUUGAGGAUAUCGAGGAAAUAGAGGUCGACAGCGUUGAAGUUGUGCAAGGCGUGAUCGAAAUCCCCGAGGAUGAUAUACCGACAGCACCCUCGCAGGGACACGCGCGGGAGCACAGCGAUGUCGGCACGUCCUCCGCCAUCACGACGGCGGUCAGCGAGGAGAUUAUUCGUACGAAUGAGCGUGAGGGUGUUUCUCUGACCUUCGACCUUUCGCGUGUCACGAGUGCGUGGAAGAAGCUUCAUACGCGAUUGGCCGAUGCGCAACGUGAGCAAGAGGUUAUCGUACGUGAGAAGGACAGGACGGACAGGCCCGCGGUGCCGAUCGACGUGGCGGACGAGGAGGCGACGGAAGUGCUAUCGCGGGUAAUCGACAAGGCCGACUUUGCGACUAUGGAAGUCCUCGGCCAGUUCAAUCGGGGGUUCAUCAUCGUGCGCCGGCGCAAGACCAUACGCGCGAACUCCGAGGAGGAAGGGCCGGGGGUGGAGAUGGACGACCUGUUCAUCGUGGACCAGCACGCGGCGGACGAGAAAUACAACUUCGAGACGCUGCAGCAGACGACAAAGAUAGAUUCGCAAAAGCUCUUCCACCCCCAGGUGCUGGAACUGACCGCGGCGGACGAACUGGUCGCGCUCGAGAACGUGGACGUGCUGCGCCAAAACGGGUUCGAGCUCGCGGUGUGCGAAGACCGGCCGCCGGGGCAGCGCGUGCAGCUGGAAGCGCGGCCGAUUAGUAAGAGCACGGUGUUCGACACUAAAGAUCUCGAAGAACUUCUCCACCUCCUCCAGGACUGCCCCGCGGGGCAGAUGGUGCGCUGCUCCAAGGCGCGCGCCAUGUUCGCGAUGCGGGCGUGCAGGAUGAGUAUCAUGAUCGGCACGCCGCUGAGUCGGCGACAGAUGACGUCGGUCGUGCAGCACAUGGGGACGAUGGACCAGCCUUGGCACUGCCCCCACGGAAGACCCACUAUGCGCCAUCUGUCAGACGUCGCUGGUGCGGGGUGGGAGCGUCGGCGGGGGCGCGCGCGGGACCUUGAUUGGGCCGCCUUUGGCCGCGCCGAGGCAUAG